AUGUUUUUUUUUAUUCUAACAGUGUCACUUACAAUAUCAUACUCCCUUGAUAUUUUGAUCAUAUAUAGUGCCGACAAAAGCUUAAAGAUAUUUAUUUUUAUAGAAUUUCUUUAGCAAUAAAGUGCCUUAAGUCUUCUUUUACUUGAGAUCCAGCUACGAUAACAACUCUGAACAACGGUAGGCGGGCCGGCCUAACCGUUGAACCGUUUUAAAGUUAUCAAACCCUUUCAGACUCAUCUAGUCCGUGCCAGCCUCUGCGCAUACUUCUUCUCUUCAAGCCGAGACUAUCAAGAAGCCUGGACUUCUCUCACAAAGCUCGGAUUGUAGGGCUGGCCUAAUGAAAAGAACUAGGACCCUACCAUUAACUGCCAUUCUAAUAUUGUGUUUAAAGAUAAAAAACGCUUCAGAGCAACCUUAUUUCAAAGCUUUACUCAGAUAGCAGUAUUUCAGUAAUAUGGAUAGAGAGAGAGAAAUCUUUAUUACUUAAAGGCCUUUAUUUCAGGGCCAUGUCCCGAUUAAAAAUUUUUUAACUUUCUUCUUUUCCUAAAAUCUUUGGAUAAAAUUUUAGUAAAAUUUUCUGAACCCACGUAAUCCGCGAUUUUUUCGAUUUCUGAGUCUGAUAUGAAUUUUUCUAUUUCUGAUGAAAUUUGAAUCUGAUCUAAAUUUUAUUUUCCUGAUAAUGUUUGAUUCUGAUAUCAAUUUUAUUUUUCUGAUAAAAUUUGAAUCUGAUUUAAUUUUUAUUUUUCUGGUGUUCAGGAUUUUCUUAUCGAUUGUCUUCUUAUCAUCAAUGAUCACCUCAGUCUUCCUAUAUUUGAAGGUUUCCUGAAUAGGAUCUAUUUCAUCUAGUAUUUUUCCAUCUAAACGACUUAAAAGCUCCAAUAUUUUGUCAUCUGUAUCAACAUUUUCUGUAUCACUAUCAUUUCAUUCAUAUUCUGAUUCAGAAUUAUCAAGUAAUCCUGUAUCAAUAAGUUCACUUAAUAGUAAAAGUUGAAAAAUUCAUCCUGUAAAGCUCCGUUUUCUUCACAAAAGGAAGAAGAAUAGGAAACAUUACUUUCCGAAUCUUCCAUUAAAAUAAAAGUAAUAUGGAUAGAAGAAACAUUUUUAGAUCAGAUAAUUCAAAAAAGGAAUGAAGAAGGAAUAGUAAUUGAUCUUACAUCGAAUAGUAAUACUCACUUUUUAUUAUUCUUGAGCUAAAAUAAUAUAUUUUAAGGGCACACAUACUUAAUCUUUUUUUUUUAUAGGAAAAAGUAAUUGCUCUUAUUCCUUAUAUAAUCAAAGUUUAUAAAUAAUAUAUCUCAACAGGCUGAAGAUUUAAAAUUUGUAUACUUUAUUAUUGAUGACUAUAGCAAGGGCUACUAUAAAUGAACAUAUUCAUUAAGCUACGAAAAGUCCAAUUACUCAAAUGCGGUUGUAAAUAUUCUUAAAAAUCUCGAAUGAGAAUCUGGAGUUUUCUUUUUAUCUGACUCGCCUUAAGAUAUAAAAUAUUUUAAUUACUCACUUUAAUCAAAACUUAAUUUAUUUGAAUUUAUCAUUAUAAUUAAAAAUUAUAUUAUACUUUCCAAUUGUAAAAAGAAUUCAAGUGCUUACUCCUUCGCCUCCGUGAAUAUACAAAACCAAUAAAAAAAAAUAGUUAAAUUUGCCCGAGGAUGGCGCUAUUUUGCGCCAUCCUCGGACAAUUUCUAUACCCUCCGUGAGUGGACAAAAAUUUUUUAAUAGAAAAAUUUUUGUUAUGGAAAAAAAUUUUGAUAUAUAAUUUUAAACAAAUCACGGAGGGGAGUUAAUUUUUUGUUUCUAAAAAAAUUUAUAUAUAAAAUUUUUAUAAACUUUUUUUUCGAAAUUUAAAAAAAUCUCACUUCUAUGAAAAUUUGAUGCAAAUAUUAAUUUAAUUUGUAGUGAACAAAAAUUUUUUUUUUGUUUCCUCACGGGGGGAGUUAGUAAAGAAAAUUGAUUUCUAAAGAGUAUGAUUGAUAAUUUCUUAGAGAAUUCUUUCAACUAUUUCAUCAUAGAAAGUAGCUCUGACAUUGAAGAAAUAAUUAAUAAAGAAGUUUUCAAAUUAGGGACAAAUUUAUACUAUUUAUUUACAGAUGCCAGCACGUCAUGGAAAAUAGUAGAAAAUUUAAAAAAUGCAAAACUAUUGGGUUCAAGGGCUUCGGUUCUAAUGAGUCAUGAAAGUAGCUAUAACUUAACUCUAGAAGGGUCAUUAAUCAUUGCUCCUAAACAUCAAAUAUUUUCUGAGUCAAAAGAAGAUUAUGUUGCAAAUCAAAUAUUAUUUGCAAUACAAGGAAUUUCAACUAACUUUAAUGAUCAAUAUGAAUUAAGGCAGGCGGCUGAAACUUCGUGCACUAAUCAUUUUUGUGAAAAUUCAUUUAGCUUACUCAACGUAAAGCAUGGACGCCGAGUAUUUAUUGGGGAUGCAUUUGACCAAAACUUUAAAAAUAUUACUUUUAUCGGUAAUUUGCAAUUAAUACCCACAUCAGAAAAAAAAGUAUUAGAUAUAGGCUUGAACAGCGGAAUCCAUAACCCUGAUGGAAUUCAAAGCUACCCUUUUAAUAAAAUUGAAUUCGCUGGCAGCAAUUUAGCUAUUUCUCUAAUAAAUGAAGAGAAAUUAGGGUAGGGGUUUACUAAAAGACAGAUAUAAGCUACGUAUUUGGCACAGUCAUCCGUUAGAUUCAUUCGCCUUAUGGCAACGAGCUCAGUAUGCCUAGCUAUAGCGGCAUAGUCCAUCUCCCCCAGGGGCGGUCAAUUAGAUUACCUGAUAUCAAGGAUUAGAUUCUUUAAUCCUAUCGGAUACCGAGUUGCCUUUAUUCGACGGCUGCGGGAAAAGACUGCUCCCUAAAGGCCUUUUAAAACCUAGUUUUUUGUUAGAGAAAGUAAGUGUCUAAUCAUAUUGCAAGGCACCUUCAUUUCAAUUUGUAGAGAGCACAAAGCCAGCCAAAUAAGCAUCUGCUGAGACUGAGCUUGCUCCUUGACUCAGAAUUGGUCCCCUUCGCUUUAUAUAUAAUGUCAGGUUGGCACGUGCUAAUUUUAAUAUAAUUUAAAUAAAUUAGGGAUUCUUAAAAAUUUCGCAAUUCAAGGAAACAGUUUUGAUUGCGGCAGCAUGGCAGUGAAUGCAACAUUCCAAUUAAGCUGUUUCAAGCAAAAUAUAAAUAAAAUUGGUCUUAUUUAUUAUCCCCCAAGCAGUGCAAUUGUCUUCAAAGGAAUUUUCGCAACAUUUAAUAGAUUAAACGUCAAAGUCCCACAAAUAGGUUCAAGGAUAGGUCCUGAUGCAUUUUCUUCAAUUUCAAACUACCCCUUAUUUGCAAGAGUCAGUUAUAAUGGUGUUUAUUUCGCUUCUAUGGCUGUAAAAAUCCUUUAUACACUUGGGUGAAGAAGCUGCGCUCUCAUAUACCAAGAAGGUUCAUUUUCUAAAGAAUUCGCUACUACUUUUAUAGCUGAAGCGGAAAAAUAUAAUAUAAAAAUUCUUAAUGACCCCACGUCGCGGUCUUUUCCAGCGUCUACUUAUUAUGCAACACUAAAAGCAAAUUAUUCACAUAUUUUUAAAGAAGUCAUAAAUUGUAAUGCCAGACUUAUAGUGUAUGCUGUCCCUAUUAACUCAGCUCCAGAUGGCAUAAAAGUUUUCCAUUCUUUAGGCAUGAGAAAUGGUGACCUUUUUAUUUAUUAUGCAAUCCCUGGGACGAUUUCUUCUAUGUUCACAUCUUCUGUACUUUAUCUUGAAGAAUCAAAAGAAGUUGGGACACCUUCAAUUGCAUUUGAACAGCCAGGGUAUACGGGAGAAACUGGAGAAAAUGUGGCUGAUUUGCUCCAAUCAAGGUAUAAUAUAAAAAAAAGUGACAAUUUGGUUCAGCCUUGUUUGUAUUAUGAUUCUUUAUUAUUAGGAGCUUCAGCAAUUGAUUUCAUGAUAAAUAGAGGGCAAGAUUAUACGAACGCGAUCCGAUUAAUGGCAGCGAUAAGAAAGCAGAGCUUUAGAGGAUGCUCAGGAAAAGUGCAAAUUGAGGAUGGGACGAAUAAUAGGUAUGUCGAUCUCAUUAUAUUGCAAAAUGCUGUUUUAAAUAAAAAUACAGGAAAUAUUACAAUAAGUGAUAGCGCUUAUAUAAAACCAGCAGCAGCAACGCUCCUUCAAAUACUAAAGCCAAUUGUUUAUCCAGGCAAUAGUACAACUGUUAGUUUGCUAAGAGUUAUAAACGGAAAUUGCCCUUUCCCAGAUGAUAAAGUCAGAACAUUUACCAAAGGUAGAUACUUAAUUUUCGGCAUUUCUAUUGCAGUCGGUAUAUGCACAGCAGCUAUAACAUUUUAUAUCUGAAAAAAAUGGUGGAAUAUAAAAGUGGAUCAACUGACUAAAAAGCAGGAAAUAUCGAUUGAAGACUUUAUAAUGGGAGCUACAGUGAUAAUAGAAUUUCUCCAAAUUUUAUCGAUGGGACCUGACCUUACUCCUAUUAGUUCUUUGAUUGGAGAUCUAGGAAGCAUGCUUUCUUUCGACUUAAGCAAUCUCAUCAGUACUAAAAAUGGUGUUUUUUGGUUUUUCCUUGAUUUUAUUUUUGGACUAGUUUUUAUAUGGGUUGUUUUGUCAGUAACUGUAUUGCUUCGACUUGAUGAAAGAUUCCCAACAAUUGGCUUGCUUAGGCUGCUAAAUAAGUCUGCUUAUUUGUUGAUGCCAAUUAUUGGGAAUCUUAUGUUUAUACCUAUAGUGUCGCUGCUUUUAGAGGUUUUUAUAUGUGAUGAAUCAAUUGGAGAAAAUUUUACUGACAGUUUUAUGAUUAAAGACUGCUAUCAAUUUUGCUGGAAAGGCGACCAUAUUAUUUAUGUUGCAAUUUCUGCAGUUUGCCUUGUAGUUUAUGAGCCAUUAGCUGUACUCUGUAGACCUCUAUGGCAAGAAUUAGAUAAUUUGGUUCAUGUCAAAUACACCCCUUCGCAUUUAAUGGUAAAAACUAUAUUUCAAGUUUCCCUUAUUGUCUUAAACAAAACUGUAAAAAGAACCCAGGAUAUAGCACAUGGAGCUUUAUUUACUCUGAUCGUUAUUAUUUUUGGGACUUUCGGGUUUAAAAAUCAACCAUAUAACUAUCCUAGGUUUACUUGGUGGCAUUUUCUAACUCUGAUUGCUGUAUCAUGGUCAUCAAUUAUCACAACAAUUAAUAUAUGCCUUGAUAAGAGUAGUAGUCCUUUAUGGACAAGUUUACUAAUUAUUGGGUGGCUUAUAAUAACUUUGGUUGGCUUAUAUGUCCAAAAGAAAAAAUAUCCAAGCAUGCUGUUUAGGAAGAAAGGGAAAGAUACAAGUACUUUGUUUAAGUUCGCGUUUAAUUUCAGGAAUUCCCGAUUUAAAAUUGCUCCUCAAGAGCUAUUUGAAAAAUAG